AUUAUUAUUUCAGCUUCAAGCACAACAAUAUAUGAGAAAAUAAGAGAUACAAAUGCAAGGUAAACCGCUCCAAACUCAAUUGCAGAAAAUACGACUUCAGCAACAGAGUGGUCAAUCCCUGGAAUGCACUAUUUGACUCUCUGGUUUCUUCCCCAAACCCCCAAAACUUUAACCUUAGACUGUCUACUGUUGACCUCACCCCAUUGCUAAGGGGUCUGUAAGGCCUAAGCGCACCAUCGUCCCUGUCCUCAUGUCCCUUUUUACUCUUAUUCUUUUCAUGUAUUCCAAUUAAGUUUAUGCUUUUAUAUGUUUUCUUAUAUAUGCUUUACAAAUAAAAUAAAAUAAAUGAAAAAAUAAAAUGUCAUGAACUUUCAGGGCUCAGCACGUAGCUAAUCUUCGUAAGCUUAGAGGUAUCACAUUUCACUCUUUUGUUUGGGUCAGUUGCCAGAAGUCAAAAAUGACGGUAGCAUUUAAUCAGUGAAAACCUCUUGCAACCGCCUUAGAUAAGAGGGGGGACAAGCGUGUUUUUCUGCCUGUCUGGAGAUGGCGCUCAAACAGGCAACACCUGUGGCUAGAAAGCGGACGGUACAGCAGGCGGCGCCUGUGGUUGUGUUUAAGGAGUUAAAAUCAUCAAGUACUGCAUUGCUAGAAAGGCUGGGAGGAGAGGAGACCCGCAGAGGAACUUCCUCUUCCGGAUGGCUGAUGGGAGGAAGUUGGUGUGCAGAGCGGCUUUUGUGCUGUUUCCAUGGUGGAAGCAGCAGCUGGCAGACAAAGAGGAUGGCAAUAAGAGCACUCUGAACAACUGAGAAUAACAAGCAACCUUGAAAAGGAAAUAAAAUUGAGCCAGAAAUCAAAAUAUAUUCCAGCUCCUUCAGAAAACCACACAAUUCUCCUUCUCCAGCAGCUAAUAGACAAAAGAGAGAAAAUUAACAUGAGAUUUUGAGCUGGAAAAAGUAGAGGAUACGAAACUCAAGGAUACAUUGCAUGAAAGAUCAAGGAAGAAUAUUUUUCAUUCAGAAAAAGAUGGAAAUAGUUGGAAGUUAGGGGGAAGGAAAAGGUCUUAUUGGGCAGGGCACAUACAGGCCUUGCUCUGGGAAGAAGCAAACGGCUUUAAUCAAAACACUAUUAAACAAUAGAUCACACAUAUUUUUGACCUCAAGAAUAUCAGUUGUGGAAAAGCUCCAUAGAUCUGCCUAUUGUAGAAAAAGCACAGAUUGCAAAUCAUAGCUGAUUAAACAAGAAGAUCCCAACUGGAGAAAAGCCAUACAAAUUAUCUGAAUAUGCCAAAAAGUUUGGUCAGAACAGCUUCCUUGUGGUUCAUGGAAUGACCCACACAGGAGAGAAGCCAUACGAGUGCUCCCGAUGUGAAUACUUUAGUGAGCAUGGCAAUAUGGUGAUACAUUACAGGACACCCAUCACAUAAGAAUGUCCAAAUUGUGUGAAAGUUUCAUUGGAAAUUACCACCUCAUGAGACAACAAAGUACUCACAUAGGAGAGAAACCCUUUGAAUGCCCUAUCUGUGGGAAAGGUUUCAGUCGCAAUUCCAGCCUGGUGACACACCAGAGGACUCACACAGGAGAGAAACCGUUUGAAUGUCCUGAUUGUGGGAAAAACUUCAGUCUCAAUUCCAGUCUGGUGAAACACCAGAGGACUCACACAGGAGAGAAACCGUUUGAAUGUCCUGAUUGUGAGAAAAGUUUCAAUCACAAUUACAGUCUGGUGAUACACCAGAGGACUCACACAGGAGAGAAACCCUUUCAAUGUCCUGAGUGUGGGAAAAGUUUCAGUCAGAAUUCCAGUCUAGUGAAACACCAGAAGACUCACACAAGAGAGAAACCCUUUCAAUGUCCUGAUUGUGGGAAAAGGUUCAGUUACAAUUACAGCCUGGUGACACACCAGAGGACUCAUACAGGAGAGAAACCAUUUGAAUGUCCAGAUUGUGGGAAACGUUUCAGGCACCAUUAUGAGCUGGUGAUACAUCAGAGGACUCAUACAGGAGAGAAACCCUUUGAAUGUUCUGAUUGUGGGAAAAGUUUCAAUAAAAAUUCCAAUCUGGUGAAACACCAGAGAACUCACACAGGUGAGAAACCAUUUGAAUGUCCUGAUUGUAGGAAAUGUUUCAGUCAUAAAUUCAGCCUGGUGUCACACCAGAGGACCCACACAGGAGAGAAACCGUUUGAAUGUCCUGAUUGUGGGAAAAGUUUCAGUUGCAAUUACAGCCUGGUGAUACACCAGAGGACUCACACAGGAGAGAAUCCAUUUGAAUGUCCUGAUUGUGGGAAAAAGUUCAGUCGCCAUUCCAGCCUGGUGACACACCAGAGGACUCACACAGGAGAGAAACCAUUUGAAUGUCCUGAUUGUGGGAAAAGGUUCAAUCACAAUUCCAGCCUGUUGACACACCAGAGGACUCACACAGGAGAUAAACCAUUUGAAUGUCCUGAUUGUGGGAAAAGUUUCAGUCACAAUUCCAGCCUGGUGACACACCAAAGGACUCACACAGGAGAGAAACCGUUUGAAUGUCCUGAUUGUGGGAAAAAGUUCAGUCGCCAUUCCAGCCUGGUGACACACCAAAGGACUCACACAGGAGAGAAACCGUUUGAAUGUCCUGAUUGUGGGAAAAGUUUCAGUCGCAAUUCCAGCCUGGUGACACACCAGAGGACUCACACAGGAGAGAAACCCUUUGAAUGUCCUGAUUGUGGGAAAAGGUUCAGUAACAAUUCCAAUCUGGUGACACACCAGAGGACUCACACAGGAGAGAAACCGUUUGAAUGUCCUGAUUGUGGGAAAAACUUCAGUCUCAAUUCCAGUCUGGUGAAACACCAGAGGACUCACACAGGAGAGAAACCAUUUGAAUGUCCUGAUUGUGAGAAAAGUUUCAAUCAGAAUUCCAGUCUGGUGAUACACCAGAGGACUCACACAGGAGAAAAACCCUUUCAAUGUCCUGAGUGUGGGAAAAGUUUCAGUCAGAAUUCCAGCCUGAUGAAACACCAGAGGACUCACACAAGAGAGAAACCCUUUCAAUGUCCUGAUUGUGGGAAAAGGUUCAGUUACAAUUACAGCCUGGUGACACACCAGAGGACUCAUACAGGAGAGAAACCAUUUGAAUGUCCAGAUUGUGGGAAACGUUUCAGGCACCAUUAUGAGCUGGUGAUACAUCAGAGGACUCAUACAGGAGAGAAACCCUUUGAAUGUUCUGAUUGUGGGAAAAGUUUCAAUAAACAUUCCAAUCUGGUGAAACACCAAAGGACUCACACAGGAGAGAAACCAUUUGAAUGUCCUGAUUGUGGGAAAAGUUUCAGUCACAAUUCCCAUCUGGUGACACACCAGAGGACUCACACAGGAGAGAAACCGUUUGAAUGUCCUGAUUGUGGGAAAAGUUUCAGUUGCAAUUACAGCCUGGUGAUACACCAGAGGUCUCACACAGGAGAGAAACCAUUUGAAUGUCCUGAUUGUGGGAAAAAGUUCAGUCGCCAUUCCAGCCUGGUGACACACCAGAGGACUCACACAGGAGAGAAACCAUUUGAAUGUCCUGAUUGUGGGAAAAGUUUCAGUCAGAAUUCCCACCUGGUGACACACCAGAGGACUCACACAGGAGAGAAACCAUUUGAAUGUCCUGAUUGUGGGAAAAGUUUCAGUCACAAUUGCAGCCUGGUGACACACCAAAGGACUCACACAGGAGAGAAACCGUUUGAAUGUCCUGAUUGUGGGAAAAAGUUCAGUCGCCAUUCCAGCCUGGUGACACACCAGAGGACUCACACAGGGGAGAAACCAUUUGAAUGUCCUGAUUGUGAGAAAAGGUUCAGUCACAAUUCCAGCCUGGUGGAACACCAGAGGACUCACACAGGAGAGAAACCAUAUGAGUGCCCCGACUGUGGGAAAGAUUUCAGUACUAAGACUAGCCUUUUAAAUUGUUUGCUUAUACACACGGGAGAAACCAUUUAAGUGCCCCAAGAGUGGACGGUGCUUCAGGAAGCAUUCCACCCUUAUUGCACACAAGAAAAUGCACAUGGAUUUUCCAAAGUGAUGAGUGAUGACCUAAAGCAGUGGUUCCCAAAGUGAGCGGUUCCAAAAUGGGGGGC